CGUGAAUGGCUGCUCUUAUAGUUUAAUUAAAUAACUCUCUUUGUCAGAAAGUCAGAACUUAGAAUCAGAUCAAGAAAGUGUCAUUUUCCAGAGAAAAUUUUGACUUUUAUCGUUUCUUUUUCGCGGAAAAUCUCAGUUUCGAUCCAAAUCAUUCGACGUUUUCAAUGGCAGCUUCGAGGAGUUGCACAUUGCGAUUCAUGAUAUUGUUCUCAAUCGCUUCAUUCUUGUACCAGUCUUGCUAUUCCUUCUUGUCUCCUCCAAGCUCCAUUAUCAAUCCUUCUAAAGUCAAACAAGCUUCUUGGAAACCUAGAGCUUUUGUCUAUGAAGGCUUCUUGACGGACCUCGAAUGCGAUCACUUGAUAUCUCUCGCGAAAUCUGAGCUAAAGAGAUCUGCGGUUGCUGAUAAUGUUAGUGGAAAAAGCAAGCUUAGCGAAGUCCGUACUAGCUCAGGGAUGUUUAUUUCUAAAGCAAAGGAUCCUAUUGUUGCUGGUAUUGAGGACAAGAUUUCAACAUGGACAUUUCUUCCCAAAGAAAACGGGGAAGACAUACAAGUAUUGAGAUAUGAGCAUGGACAGAAAUAUGAUCCGCAUUAUGAUUACUUUGUUGACAAGGUGAACAUUGCCAGGGGUGGACACCGCACGGCAACUGUACUAAUGUAUCUUACAAAUGUGACCAAAGGUGGUGAAACCGUGUUCCCCGAAGCAGAGGAAUCGUCACUUCACACGACUCCUGCAAAAGACGAUCUUUCUGACUGUGCAAAGAAAGGCAUUGCAGUGAAACCGCGAAGAGGGGAUGCCCUUCUCUUCUUCAGUCUCCACCCUAAUGCUAUCCCCGAUCCAAGCAGUCUUCACGCCGGAUGCCCAGUAACCGAAGGUGAGAAAUGGUCGGCAACAAAGUGGAUUCAUGUUGACUCUUUUGACAAAAAUUUGGCAGCUGGCGAUAACUGCAUGGAUUCGAACGAAAGCUGCGAGAGAUGGGCUGUUCUCGGCGAGUGUUCGAAGAACCCGGAAUACAUGAUUGGAUCACCCGAGCUUCCUGGAUACUGUAGAAGAAGUUGCAAAGUAUGUUAAACUUUACACUACAUGCUCUCCCAUCUUUACAUGAUUAUUUCUGCUAUUAAACUUUUCUCAUGUGGAUUAUUUGUUGAUUUUUCGUACAUGUUCCUUUUCCUUUAGCUCUACUAAGUACUUAACCGGUUUCGUCCUCCGUCUGCCCCAAAAAAACCCGAUUGUUUGUAAAACCGGAUUCGGUCUUAUUAGCAUUGGUCAACACAUUCUUUAUGAAGAUUAUCAUUUUAUCUUUUAAGUCUUUA